AUGUCGCCCAUCACACCAUACAAGAUCAACAUCCCCGACGAAAAGAUCCAGCGCCUCAAACAACAACUCGCCCUCGCCGACUUCCCGGACGAGCUGCCCGACGUCAAGCCCUGGAGCAGAGGCACACCCCUGGCCGAUCUGAAGCGCCUCGCCGCGUACUGGCAGGACGGCUUCGACUGGCGAAAACAAGAGGCAAAGCUGAACGAGCUGCCGCAGUUCAUGACCCAGAUCGACGUCGACGGCUUCGGCACCUACGACAUCCACUUCGUCCACCAACAGAGUCCCGUCAGGAAUGCCAUCCCUCUGCUUUUCUGCCACGGGUGGCCAGGGAGUUUUGCAGAAGUCACAAAGAUCCUCCCCCUGCUGAUCAACGGGGGUGGUGAUGCGCCGUCGUUCCACGUCGUCGUCCCCAGUAUGGUCGACUAUGGGUUUUCUUCUGCGGCGAAAAAGGCAAACUUCCAAUUCGAGCAGCAUGCCGAGGUGGCCCAUAAACUCAUGUUGAAGCUGGGAUACAAGGAAUACGGUAAACCCAUACCAAAAAUUCGUGCUGAGAACACCGUCAUUGACUCUCCCUCCAAAGUGUCGCAAGGAGGAGAUCUGGGCUACUUUGUCACUCGCUUCCUGGCCAUGCUGUACCCAGAGUCAUGCAAGGCGCAGCACGUCAACAUGUGCCACCCGCCCGAGAUCACGGCCAUCUCCCACCCGGCACUCUGGGCCCAGUUCCAGGCGACUCCUCUGACCGAGUACGAAAAGGCCGGGCUCGCCCGCUCCCGCUGGUUCCGCGAGGAAGGCUUCGGCUACAAUCUCCUGCACAGCACCAAGCCCCAGACGGCGGGCUACGCCAUCACGGCGAGCCCCGUGUCUCUCCUGGCGUGGAUCUACGAGAAGCUCCACGACUGGACCGACGGGUACGCCUGGACCGACGACGAGGCCCUCACCUGGAUCAGCAUCUACUACUUCUCGACCGCGGGUCCCGCGGCCUCGCAGCGCAUCUAUUACGAAAAGACGCACCGGACUCCCAAGGCAGGGUUUCCCUCGAAGGAAGCUGUCGUCGAGGUCCAGCGCUACAUCGACGUGCCUCUGGGCUACUCCCGCUUCCCCAAGGAGAUAAUCCUGCUCCCGAAGGUCUGGGUCAAGGCCAUGGGACCGGUGGUGUUUUUGAAGGAGCACGAAACCGGUGGACACUUUGCCGCGUGGGAGUUGCCAGAGGUGUUGGUCGGGGAUUUGCGCACCAUGUUUGGCAAGUCGAGUGCCGCGUAUGGGGUGGUGCCGGGGAAGUCGGGCUUUGACGUGUAG